GAAUCUUUCUGUCGCUUUCUUCUCCAGUUCAAAUCGUCCGCAACUUGAACCUCGUUGGCACUGCGGUCGCAUGGAACCCAUGUCGAUUUCUUGACACAAUCUCUUGCUGUUCGAUUGCGCUUUGUCUCGCUCAUAACAAAACCAGCCAGUCGUUUGGGGCAAACCGAGAGUUGAUCAUGCGCGACAACCAACAGUCGCCAGAGUAUCCGCGUGCAUAUCUUCGGAUGAUUUUCACGCAGGCCUGCGCCUGGAGACUGUACCUGCUCUUCAUCCGAGGCGUUCCAGCUGAUGAUCUGGAUUUCACACAGAAAGAUGAAAUUCCGACUGACCUUGCUCAAGGAUGGAACGGCUCGUGGCCUUCCCUAUCCUUGUAUUUUUAUCGGUGUCUGUCGGAGGUGCAUCUGGGAGGCUGACUGUAGAUUUCCAAAGCUUUGUUGCCAUAUCUGAGCCCGAGACGAUUCACAAUCAGAUGAAAGGUCGAUUCUGAGCUUGAUUCAACUGGCGGUUUUGUGGCGACUCUUGGAUUGUCUAGUGCUUUUUGCGAGAUCUUCGAGAAUGGCGAUCAAGCGCUUGAAGAGUUGUCGAGACUUGUCGCAGAUAGUCGGUGAUGCGCAAAUGGUCGAAAAAAAGAUCACACGGCGGUGCAUUGUGGCUUCUCAUCCUGUUAACAGAUAUCUUGGAUGUUAUUCCAAUUUUGGCUCCGAAACCGGCCGAUGACUUGCAGUGAUCAGAGAUGCUCAUCAAACGGGCUGGCGAGACGAGGAGGAAUCGAGCAUUUCCCAGCCGCAGCGCAAAGUCGCCAAUAUCACCAGCCAGCCAAGAUUUUUGGGUGCGCGCAGAUUUGUCUUCCAGUAUUGGGAGAGGUCCAGAACGCACGGAAUCGUGCGAGAUUUGGUCGGCCACGCCAGCAAGGGUCGGUUUUUGUGUUGCGGAUAACGAGACGGGGUCUGUUCCUCGGAGAGUAUGAAAAAGACUUCUGAUAACCAUGCCAGCAUGUUCUACUCUCUUUUUGGAGCGUGUUCCGCCUCGGGGUUUGUUGCACGGCAUGAGUCUGCGGCUGUCGAACCUUGACGCACACGGCGGUUUGGAGUUCCAGGGAUGAUAGAGAAGCGCAUGGAACUAAAUACUGUUAAAAUGGAGGGAUUCCGCACGCUUUUUCCAACCCACUCUCGUCGAAAUGCCCAGACAAUCGCACCGUCGCCCCGCUCCUCGUCCUACCAUUUUAUCCAUCUCGGCCGACAAUGUGACCAUGCAGCAUCACGUCAGGUUCAAUCCCACUCAGUAUCGCAGCCACGGACUGUCCUUCAGACGGUACAUGAGGAUCACGCAUCCCCAAAUGGGGCUCUGUCUCCUUGUCACCUGGGAAGAAGCCCAUCUUGGACGCGACAUCCUCAUUUCCCCUGAUUUCGUCUCUGUGAUCGAUCACUUUGCAGGAGGCAAUACUGUGGUUGCCUUGUUUCCUCACUAGAAUCGUACAAUAAACUGGACAUAAUCAAACGAUGCUUUCCGUUAUAUUCUCGUAGGAAUCGAUAUCGCCCAAGAUCUCCAACCCUUCCUCAGCGCCCGACUGCCGUGCUUUGCUGCGACUCCGACUUCGUUUGCGAACAGAGCUGCCGCGCCCUUCCGGUUCAACCGAUUGAGACUCCUUAGGAGCAACUGGUGGAGGCGUUGGAAUGCGGAACACAGGGACUGGACCCGAAAAGUCGCGUCCGGUAAUGCUGGUCAGGCUUUUGAUGUCUGCGGCAGUGAGUGUGAGGUAGUGGCCGUUGACCAAAUGUCCACAACUUACCGACGGGGAUUCUGCUCUCUAGACAGCGGUUGAUUCUCGCCGUGUCUUUCUUGUCCUCCGCCUUGAACUUGUUCUUGCACGCUGUUCGGCUACGACCAGGAAGCAUUAGGGAUAUGAGUUCGUAAUUCUCGCCGUGCUGAGACAGUGCCUGGGACAAGUCAGGUACAGCGGGAACCCCGAGAUAACCCUUCUCACAUCAAAAAAGAGCUCAGUUUCCUCGGUACUCCAGCGAGAGCCACGGCAUUUCUUCGUGUAAGAAGCUGAAUUGAUGAACUUGGUGGCGUCGGACUCAACGACGUGCUCGUAGUUCGACGUGUCCACAUCCUCUGCACGAUCAACCAUCAGCGAGUCCUCGUCGAUGAUCGUCUGGCCGUUGGGACCGAGCCUGAGUUGCACCGCGUAACGGUUGACCGCCAGACUCUGCGAAUAGUCGAACCCAUUGCCCGACUCGUCCUCGAUGACAGGUGCCGCAUCAUCAACUUCAGCGUCGUUCCCGUCGUUGUUCGAUCCAACGAUGACUUCGGUAGGCUCGGUUGAGGGCAUAUCCGUCGCAGAAACAGCGGGAUUAGCGACGUCUUCAUCCUCCUCCUCGGGUCUUCCAUACUUCUUGCGCUCGGCCAGGGCGCGCAUUUGCGCCCGCUUGUCCUUGCUUUGUUGCUUCCACGCCAGAUGGUUCUUCUGAAUCUCCAUCGCUUUGCUGCUGAUACGACCUUGGCCGGUAUCGUCGCAUAGGUCAGCCAUGGUGAUUAAAGUCGGAUCGAUCUCGUCUCCCGGACCAGCCUCGGGGUCAAAGACAGGUGUCGUCUUCUUCCGUGACCUCUUACGCACUGGCGUAUCGCUGCCGGCGUUCUCCUCCUCGUUUCCGUCCGCAGUCUCCACAUUCUUCUUGCGAGAUUUUCGUUUCGCCUUGGGCCUUUCUCGAUCGCCAUCUUCAGGGAGUUUUUUCCUGCGUUUUUUCGGCUUUGGCGCUUCAUCGCCAUCAUCCGCUGUAUCCACAUUCGCCACAGCGCGUCUCCGCUUCCGUAGCUUUGAUUUCACCGGACUGGUAAGCUCGUCCUGCGCUGCCGCCGCCUCCGGAGGGUCCACACUCGAAGUUUCAGGCUGUAGUUGGGAAGUCUCAGCCUCGCUCGCAGCGGGAGUCGGAUUGACGAGGGUCGGGGUGAGUGGAAGCAUCUCAGUCGAUGCCGGAGUGGUGGAAAUAGCCGCACUGUAUCUCCCAAUGGUCUGGGGAGCUGGCGCUGCACGGCCAAUCGGGGGAGGAACGGGUGCUCCCCGACCUAUCGCUGGAGGUACAGGGGUGCUUCGGAUGACAGUUGGGGGUGCCACAGUGGCACGAAUAGCGGGGGGAGCGGCUGAAGAGGUAGAGACUAUGGAAGGAGGCACGCUUGCCCGAGAACUCGACGGUGCCGCGAUAGGGACGGCCACGGACGUUGUCGCAGGUGGUGGGAGGUCUGGUGAGGUCUGAUCGCCGGAGGGAUUAGUGGAAGACGGUAACGGCGGAGGGGGCAUCGACAAAGCUUCCGAGGAUAGAUCGGAAGGGCGACCAUUCAGAGAUGCAUCUGGUGUCGACAAAGAAUUCUCUGCAGCUGCGCGCUUGGGUAUGGCGCUCCCGGCCCGAGACCGGGCAUUGACGACUGGCCUGAAGACAGGACCUCCCUUUUCUAUUCAUAUCUGAGAGCCGGUACAGCAUGGAUCCUGAGACUACUCACGGACGCGUGAAGUCAUCGGCCGAAGAGAGAAGCAGGAGCAGUCAACAGACCAAAAUGCAAUUGACAGCCAGAGCACAGCCAUCGCUAUCUCACAUAAAGCCGCUUACUGCUUACCGGUACUUUACCCCGCACUGAACGAUAAUGAGUUCCCUCGGCCAUAUUCUUCGGAGACGGUCGUACUCUACGAGCACACUACCACUGUCCGGUGUUCGUGUCCUCGAGCUAGGGCAGCUCAUCGCCGGCCCAUUUGCUGGCCAACUUCUCGGUCAGUUUGGGGCAGAAGUAAUCAAGAUAGAGCCUCCUGUAAAGGGAGAUCCGCUUAGAGUCUGGCGUGAACUAGAUGUGGACGGCGUCAGUCCUUGGUUUCGUUCUAUUGGGAGGAACAAGAAGAGUGUCGCCAUAGAUCUUCACAGCACGCAGGGAAGAGACCUCGUUCGGGACCUUGCACUACAGUCUGAUGUGCUCAUUGAAAACUUCAAGCCGGGCACCCUCGAGAAGUGGGGUCUAGAUCCAGCGUCUUUGCACCCACAUAACCCAGAUCUCAUAUACACUCGCGUCAGUGGCUACGGUCAAACUGGUCCUUGGGCAUCGAGACCUGGAUACGCGUCUGUCUGCGAGGCCGAGUCAGGAUUUCGCUACAUCAAUGGCUUUGUGGACGUGGAGACUGGGGGCCUGAGUGGCCCACCGGUAAGACCGAACAUCAGCCUCGGCGAUUCCGUGGCGGGUCUUCAUGCUGCGUUUGGGACGGUUCUUGCUCUUCUGCAAAGGCAGAAGAAAAGGGAUGUGGGUGAGAAGGGUGGGAUGACUGUAGACGUGAGCAUUCUUGAAAGCAUGCUCAAUCUCAUGGAAGGCAUCGUACCGGAGUAUGAUCGGAAGAACAAAGUUCGAGGUCCCUCUGGCUCCUCCGUCACUGGAAUUGUCCCAACCAAUGCCUAUCCGUGUCUCCCUGACCCUGCUGCCCCAAUGACUCCCGUUUACAUCGUGAUCGGGGCCAAUGGAGAUUCCAUCUACGCUCGUUUGAUGAAGGUCAUUGGCGCACCGCACCUCAUCGGGCCCGACUACGCUCAAAACCAUCAUCGUGUUUCCCGGAAAGAGGAGAUCGAGACAGCCAUAUCGGCCUGGACAAGUAAUCUGAGUGCUGAGGAAGUUGAGAAGAAGCUCGCAGCGGAAAAGAUUCCUGUCGGCCGUGUUCUCAGUGUUCGCGAGAUCGUUAGCAGCGAGCAGGUCGUUUCGAGAGGAGCAAUUCAGGAUGUGAAAGUCGACUCCGGAGGAUGGGAUGUCAAGAUGCCGGGUACUUUUCCCGUGCUGGAAGGAUGUGAUUCUGCACCAAGAUGGGCAGGACCUGACCUCGGGGCUCACACUAGCGAAGUGCUCGCGACAUACUUGGAUCUCACUCCCCAACAGAUCCAGAAACUUAGAAACGACGGUGUUUCCCCUGCUGCUAUGUUUGUUGAGUUGCCUGUACAAGAUCGACCUAUUCGAGAGGAAGAGGAGGGACAGGAACUUGCCACCGUAUACGACAGAUGCACAAUGGAAAUUGGACCGCAUUCAUUCCUUGAGACGAGCUUCUCCGAAGUUCAAUACUCGUGGCAAUCUGCACCUCCGACGCAUCCUUACCAUCCAUACUACGGAGCGCAUAAUCCUCUUCCGGCACCUGCUCACCCUCCUUCGAACGUCAUGCCUCCUUCUCUAUUUGACCGUGUUCACGCAGCGGCUGUCUCCAACCCUCUUCUUGCCAAUCAGCUGGCGCUGGCUGCCAAUGGCAGAGCGACCGAAGCACAAAUGCAAACGCUCGGCCUGCUCAUCCAGUCGAUUGCCGAUUCUCCCCAUGUCGCCCCGUAUUCCGCGUCGCCGGCAGCCCCUCAGACAUAUGGCUACCCACCCCCUCAGCCGCCCGUCCCGGUCCCGACUAAGGAGUUCGAUAUCAUCUUCAACUUCAAAGAAUCGCUGCACGACAAGUCCCUGCUUCCCAGAAAGCUCGCCACCUGCGAUAAAGUGGAGGGCCCUCAUUUGGGUGUUAAUGAGGUCUGUGAUGUGCUGUUGCGGAUAUUGCUCGAUCCACCUACGAAGGUGUCGACCGAACCCGGAACGGAGAGACCCACACCUCAGGUCGUCACGAUAUGGCUUAGACAACCGCAUGAAGGGAUCUGGGACAUGCUCAGGCUAUGGAUCGGGGGUGAGGAGAAGAUCCGAGAAAAUGCGAUAGCUUUGGAUGAGCUGGAGGUAGUGUCUCUUCUCUCUGCGCUUUCUGACAUCGUUUCUGACUCGAACCCGCAGAAAAAGACGAAAAGAGUGUAUCUGAAGAACCGGAGUUCUGAUACAGCUCUCAUCGCUCAAUUGCGAACAGCCGGGAGUAAUCCUGCUCAUGCGAUGAAGCUUAUCAAGCCCACAAAAUGGGCUGCCAGAGCCAAGCGAAAACUUCAGCCUCGUCCUCAGCCCCCGGUCCCCGUCAUAGCCAACGAAGCACCGGCGCCUUCGGUUUUGUCCUUCAACAUCCCACCCACAGCUCCUGCAUCCACAGUACCUCAACGACGACCUUCGGAAACACCGCUCCCUGAAGCCAAAAGGUCCCAUCUAUCAAAGCCGGGUAGCUCGCAACCACCAGUCACGAUCCGCUGUCUAUCCUGCCUUCAAACCGACGUUCCACUGAUCUUGGGCGGUCGUUUCUGUCGACCGUGCGUCGACAGCGGGCGGGCAGUCAACGUCUAUGGAUCAGAGCCCGCCAGUUAUCAACAACAACAAGCAGUGUCUGUUACCAUGCCCGAGCCUCCUGGCUCAUAGUAUUAUCUGAUACUGUAAAUGCUCUAGUGUACAAUUAUUGUGAUAUUCCGAUGUGUAGAUAAUGCUCAUGUGAAGAUAUUAAUGGACCAACCGAGCCACCAAA